AUGAUUCUUUCAUUGCAGGUUUUUGUGCCGCCGUUUUUGAAGAAUAUGUUCGAUAUUGUGAAGUCGUUCAAGGGAUCACCGAAUGCUCGUAUUCUCAGUCCAAGGAUUGCCCCACUCAUGCCAGACAAAGCCGACACAAAACGUGUUCUUUCUCCAUCUCUGUUUCCCUUCUACAAAGACGAGACAGAGGAGCAGAUAAUGCCUGUUCCUAAGAUCCUGGAGUCGGCAGGACUAAACGAAAGAGAUCGCAAAAAAGUGCUCGAGAUGGUCAUGGAGGUCAGCGGUGCUCGAGAGACUGUCGAAAACGCGAUGAAG